GACGGCGACGAUGCGGAGGUGUUGAAGACCUUAGAGGAAUUCUUAAGGUCAGGAAGGCUGUUCAAGCGUUUGCAAUUUCAGCCCAAGACGUUUUUGCCGACGGGCUACGAGCGCUUAUCGCACCAUUACGGAUGGGCGCUUGGGCAGGUAUUCGACACGUUUGGAUACCAGCAAGCCAUCGUGUUGGAGGAAGACCUAGAGAUCUCGCCCGACUUCUUUUCCUUCUUCGAUGCCACGCGACCGCUGCUUGUGGCUGACCCGGACCUCUUUUGCGUUUCUGCUUGGAGUGACAAUGGGAAGCCAGACGUUGCCAGCAACGUCACUGCUGUGUAUCGAUCGGACUUUUUUCCUGGCCUCGGGUGGAUGCUGCUACGAAGCUUCUGGGAGGAGGUGAAGGACAGAUGGCCUGCAAAGUACUGGGAUGACUUCUUGCGCCGGGCAGAUGUUCGCAAAGGUCGUCAUUGCCUGCGCCCGGAAGUCAGCCGAAGCCACACUUUCGGAGAGACGCUUUGUACGCCUGUCUGUGCAGCUUCAAGGCAUCUGGCAGGAAAUGUGCUCAACGAGGCGGUCGUCGACUGGAAGUCCGUUGCACUGAGCCACGUGGCGACAUCCGCCGCUUUCGAUGCUUACCUCACUGAGCAGGCCGGGGACAGAGCUCAUCUGGCUGUAACUGAUGGGUGGGGAUGA